GGAUAAUUGAAGAGUCAUAAAGGGAUCAAAAACCUGAUAGCAACAAUACUCUCUCCCUCUCUCGCUCAUUCACAUUUCUCCCCUUUGCGAGAGAGAAACAAAACAAAACACAACAGCUUGGGAGAGAGAUGGCGAGCAGAGUGGAUCAUCACGAGUACGAUUACCUGUUCAAGAUAGUGUUGAUCGGUGAUUCAGGUGUGGGCAAAUCCAACAUCUUGUCUCGCUUUACAAGAAACGAGUUCUGUCUUGAAUCUAAGUCCACCAUUGGCGUUGAGUUUGCAACUCGAACUCUUCAGAUAGAUGGAAAGACGGUCAAGGCCCAAAUAUGGGACACUGCAGGACAAGAGAGGUACCGUGCUAUAACAAGUGCUUACUACAGAGGAGCCGUCGGUGCCUUUAUUGUGUACGACAUAACCAAGAGGCAAACAUUUGACAAUGUUCAGAGAUGGCUCCGUGAGUUGAGAGAUCACGCUGACUCAAAUAUUGUUCUCAUGAUGGCUGGGAACAAGUCUGACCUAAACCAUCUCAGAGCCGUAGCAGAGCAAGAUGGUCAAGCUUUGGCAGAGAAAGAAGGGCUCUCAUUUCUGGAGACAUCUGCGCUAGAAGCAUCAAAUAUUGAAAGGGCUUUUCAGACUGUUUUAACUGAGAUAUAUCAUAUCAUGAACAAGAAAGCACUGGCAGCUGAAGAAGCAGCAGCUACACUUCCUGGUCAAGGGACUACCAUUAAUAUUAAUGAUGCAUCUGGGAACAUGAAGAAGGGUUGUUGUUCUACUUAAGAUAGGAAUACAGCCAGAAAUGUAGAGAAUCAUUAGGAGCAUAUACAUGUUUUCAUUAUUCCCUCCAUUACAAAUUGGAUUUUUUUCUUCCGUUGAUUGAUUCAGUUACCUAAAAGGAAAAUUCUUAUAUGAACUGUAGACUAAAUAUUUGCUCGGAUGAUUAUUGCCUUAAACUGGCAGCUAAUUUGAAAUAUCAGUAACUCUGCAAUGGAGUUAAUUGCAA